AUGGGCAUUUCUCAAAUUGUUGAAUCCCCUAAUAAAUCUAAACAUAAUGAAUAUGAAAGAUGCGAGAACAAUGAGGAGGAAUAUCAAAAAAAAACAGAUGAGCUUGAAAACACGUCAAAGAAUAAUGGGUUUUUUGGGAAUGCGCUCUCCAAUCUUGAAUACACAAUAGUGGAUGAUCUCGGAACAUCUGUUCCCAAGAUAUUACAUAAUUUGGGAAUUAUGAUAGAGAAAAAUUUGGAGGUCGAAGGCCUGUUUCGAAAAUCCGGCUCUUGUCCAAGACAAACCCAAGUUCAAAAAUUUAUCGACAAAAACCUUCAUCUCCCUUCCAACAUAAAUUUUAACGUAUUUGACGCCUGCUGCCUCUUCAAACUGUUCUUUUCCAAGCUGCCGGAGCCGAUAUUUCCGACCCAUUUAUGGGCUCCCUUUGUUCAGGCCUACAGAACUAGCAAGGAUACUACAGAAGGAAACGGUCAGGAGAGAAUCGAAGCUUUACUCGCGCUUUUUUUGCUGUUACCUUAUCAGAAUAUCAACAUACUGAGGUAUACCUUCAUUUUGCUCUCAAAAGUCAACCUCAAAUCUCAUCUCAAUAAAAUGGCGGCCGAUAACUUGGCUACGCUCAUGACGCCAAACUUUUUGCACGACAUAAUUUCGCUGUCGUGGAAAGAAUUUGUCCCGUGGAUCAAAAUCAUAACCAUUUUUAUAAACCAUUCCGAAAGGCUCGGCUGGGUUCCUCACUGCAUUUAUCGACUCCUGCCCAUUAAAGACGGUGAACUUGGGGACACGGAAAACAAUUCGCAGACCGGCCCUAUUCAAAGCCUUUCUCAGUCGACUGACAGCUAUCUGAACAUGGAUACGACAACGACUGUCACUCACGUCAAGAUUAGAACGAAUCCGUAUUGUAACCCUUCAUCUUCUCACAAAACGCCUAAACAUCAAAGCUCUGUCACGAUGUUUAAAAGGAGGGAAAACGGAAAUACGUCCGAAAAAAGGGAGAAUAAUAUUUAUUGUGGCUAUAGUGGUAAGGGUAACGUCAACUUCGCUAACUCAAGCGGAAAGAAAAAGCAUAGGAGGAGUGGAUCUUUAGUCAAUGGUCUUAAACACGGUUUUAAAAAAUGUGUGGUCAAACCUUAUAACCCCCCUUACCCGAGCAAAAUCGUUUAUUGCGAUAAGGAGAUAAAAGCUGAUACUAAUCGAGGGAGUGUUAGAAACUUUAGCGUCGAUAAAAGCCAAAUAACUAAAAAUGGAAUGAUGAAUAAGGAUUCCUGUAAAAGCCCUUCCGUUCCUAAUCUAACGAACGAGAAUAUGGAAUAUAAUGACGCUACUAGUGAUUUCGAAUCCCCAUUCUCCCAGAAUUCGUCGGCUAGAAAUAAAUCGUUGAGACAAAAAUUUUGCAAGAUCAGCUCCUUGAGUGAAGAAGUCUUAGCCAAAUCUUCCGAUUCCACUUUGAAUAAUAAAUACUCAACCAAGCAUCUCUACAAUUCGACUCAAAAAUUAAAAAACGCAGAAAGCGGCGAUAAAUACCCACGCAGCAAGCAUAAUAAAAGAUUGAUUCCCAAAGGCGUGACAGGGGUAAGAAAGCUAUUCUUUAAAUUAGCUUCCUUGGACAAAAAUAGGCCCUCCUCUUCGCAAAAUGGGUUAAACGUUCUAACCGAAAACAGUUUGAACACCACCAAUAAUAUAUCUUCCCAAAUCGGGGCGCAACACGUUACCUCGUCCCUCAAACCGGAAAUGACGGAAGUCGAACACAAAGUUGCUAAAUCAACCGAAAAUAACUAUGAACGCAGUUAUAACGAAGAUUUCGAAAUACCAAUCGAUAAUAAGCCGGUGGAUAACGAGAAAAUCGACCCAGAUGUUUCAUCUUUCGUUAAUAUGUCGCGAUUCGAUUUUUCGCAACUCAAAUCGCCCCCUCCUAAAGAAAAACGCGGGCCUCUAAGCCGUCUCAACUCCAAUAAUCUGAGUAAAUGCAACCUAGUGCGUCAACUAAAGCGGUUCGAUAAUAAGGAUUUCACCUUUUCCGCCCUCUACAAUUAUUAUGAUCGCAAAAGUUUGAGCUGUUCCCAACUACCGGGUUUCAACGCGUUGUCUAAGGUUAGUAGGAAGGGUCAAGAAGCGCCCAUGUUAGAAAGGGGACCAAGCUUUGAAGAUUACAAAAAACCCGGCCACUUUGAACACAAGUAUUCUAUCGAUUCAAUCAUUAGUGAUUCCCUCGAGGAUGAAUAUGAUCAACAUCCACACGAAUCCCAAACCAAUUUAGAAUUACAGGAAGCUAAAAAUAAAUAUUUUAUUUCCGGUUCGAUUGAGGAUACCACUAAAAUUUCUCCAAAUUCUCAAAUAUUUGCCCCAGAAAGUAUGAUAACCUACAAUAGCCCUUCUCCUGCUAGUAUAGCCGCCAGAGGACUUUUGAAAUUGUCUCUGAAUACUCUCAAUAAAGAUCAGAAUAUUAAUGAAAACUUAGACCAAAAUUUGAUAUUGAGUAAGUUACCUCAGCUAACUAGGCUUAAUCAAGGUUCUGCUAUCAAGGUCAAGCGUUCCGGUUCUAGUAAUCUUCACAACAACAAGCGCAAAAAGCCUAACCUUUUAAGAGGUAGGCCUAACUCCCUUCGAAAUGGUCUCAAUACUUACAGGGAAAAGCUGGAAAGUUUAGGAAAUAUUGAAAACAAUUUAGAUAAUUCCAACAAGAUGAAUAUUACCCUGGAAAAUAAUAAGGAAGUCAAUAUUGGCACAAAAAAUGAAUUCUCUUUCCCCUUCUUUCGUGACACAGAAUGUCCGAAAGAAAACCUUGGCGAUGCUGUUAAUACCGACACCCCUAAGAAAAGGCCAAAACUAUCCAAGCUUAACCAAAAUGGCGGCAGUCAACAAUCCGCCAAUUUCGGUCAAAAUAAUUUUGCCAAAGAGGGAAAUAUUUCGCGGGUUCCUAUUUCUAAAAUAUCCGCCGAAUCUAUCAAUGAUUCAAUCGAUGCGAAGUCUAAUUCGAUAGCCUCUUCGGACAGAUAUUCCCUUAGGAGUAAUCCUCACCGAACAGUUUCGGAGCAAAUCAAGCGUUACAACCAAAUGAUAAAACUAAACGAAGCGCUGAAGUGCAAAGAAGCCAAAAGAGCCGAGCUCGUUAAAGGUCACGAUAUCGACAAAUUAAGAAGAACUGGGCAAAAUAGCGAUAUUACUUCGAAAUUAUCUGAGUUUGUAAAUUCGGAUAAUAUGGAUAUAGUUGAUAUCGGGGAUCAUCAAUUAACCAAAACCCGGAAUAUGGGUAUUGCCGACGAACUUCCAAAAUAUUCGGUAUUCAAAGGUAAGCUUCAACUGAAGGCAAUAGAUUCAAACGUCUCUAACACGAAAAGAAUCUUAUCGCCCUGUCUCAGUUCUUUGGCUCUCGUCUCGACUCAAAAACAAAAAUUUUCUGCCUUAGAUCGAAAAAAAUUCGGGCACCACCCUUAACAUAAAACCCCAAAAUCGCAUUAAUAAUCGUUAAAAAAACACUCUUUUUUAAAAAGAUUCCCUGAAAUGCUUAAUAUUUAAAAUUAAGUCAGUAUUAACAUCUCAUAAAUACAUCGUUAUGCUUUCGGGACUUUAGGAUUUAUCUAUCCCAUCAAUUUUAAAGAUGGUGUGAUGUGCAUUCAACUUUUAGUUAAUAUGAACUUUAAA